AUCAUAACUCCAAAUUAACACACGCUUAUUCUCCUUAAUCGCAUACCAUGCAUACACGUAUGCUAUAAAAUCUCUUCUUACAUCAAAAUUUUUUCUCACUUUUAUCUGCUCAUUCUUUGUUAGCCUUUUUUACAGUAAAUCUACCAAAUUUUCAGAAUAUAAUGCAGAUGAUUAAUUGUAGAGAGAGAAAGGGAGACUUUCUGUGUGAGCGUUUCUGAGUUAGAGAGAAAAUGGGGUGACUACUGACUAGUAGGAUAUGCAGUUGGGAAUUUAGCAUCGCAGCUGCUAAUCACUACCCAUCACCGGGUUUCGUUCUUUUGUCUCUACUCGCAGAUCAAAGCCCAUCAUCACAUUAUAGUACUGUGGUUUGAAGAUCUUGUUUUUCAUUUUCCUUCAAUUUACAAUUUGAAAUUUACUGAAGUGAGGAGUUCCUUUGGCUGGAGAAAUAGUUCGCUGUUGUUCAAUUGAGCAGGGGUGCGUAGGUGCGAGAUGUGAAACAAAAAUCUGGCAGACUAUAUAAGAGUUUAAUUGUGUUGUUGGAAGAAAUUACAUAUCAGUAGUGUCUGGCCUGGAUCCAACACUUGGGUUUUUAUUGCUGGUGCAAGGACCCAGAUUUGCAAAGUCCAUACCUUUAGCUUUGUUGUUCUUGGUUUGAAUCAUGGCAACUUUAUCGCAUUCUGAAUCCAGGCGAUUGUAUUCUUGGUGGUGGGAUAGCCACAAUUGUCCAAAGAAUUCAAAAUGGCUUCAGGAAAAUCUUACAGAUAUGGAUGCCAAAGUAAAAGCAAUGAUCAAGCUCAUUGAAGAAGAUGCAGAUUCAUUUGCAAGGAGAGCAGAAAUGUACUAUAAAAAACGUCCAGAGCUGAUGAAAUUGGUUGAAGAGUUCUACCGUGCUUACCGUGCACUAGCAGAGAGGUAUGAUCAUGCAACCAUAGAGCUUCGUCAAGCCCAUCGAACCAUGGCAGAAGCAUUUCCGAACCAAGUACCUUAUGUGCUGGCUGAUGACUCACCCUCGGGCUCUUCAGGUCCUGAGGGUGAGCCUCACACGCCAGAAAUGCCACACCUGAUUUGCGCAUUACUUGACCCAGAUGACUUGCCCAAGGAUGCACUGGGACUCUCUUCAGCCAACCUGCAUGCCAUGAAAAGCAAUGGAGGAUAUUCAGAAGGAUCAGAUGCUGGGAUUAGCCGGAGGGUUUUAAAACAGCUCAAUGAAAUGUUUGGAUCAGAAGUAACGGAUUCAAAAGUUUCAGAAGGAAAGAUGAAAAAAUGCCCAAACAUCCAGGAAAUGGUGGGGGACAAAACUGAAGUUCGAGACUGGAAGAAAACCCUUGCAGAGAUUCAAAAUGAUAAGGAAGCUGUUCUUCUUCAGUACCAGCAGAGCCUGCAGAAGUUAUCUAGCCUGGAAAGAGAACUUAAGGAAGCUGGAGGGCUUGAUGAACGAGCAAGCAGAGCUGAAAUUGAAGUUAAAAUCCUGAAGGAAGCCCUUGUUAAAUUAGAAUCUGAGAGGGAUGCUGGUCUUCUUCAGUACAAUAAAUGUUUGGAAAGAAUAUCUAGUCUGGAGAAUAUGAUCUCUGAAGCACAAGAGGAUGCAAAGGGACUCAAUGAAAGAGCAAUUAAAGCAGAAAUAGAAGCUCAAAAUCUCAAGCAAGAACUUUCUGCAUUGGAGGUUGACAAGGAAGCUGGUCUUCUUCAGUACAACCAAUGUCUUGAAAUGAUAUCAAUUUUGGAGACUAAAAUCUCUCUUGCAGAGGCAAAUGCGACAAUGCUUAAUGAGCAAACUGAAAGAACAGAAACUGAAGUUAAAGCACUGAAGGAAGCUCUUGGUAGUUUGAAGGAAGAGAAAGAAGCUGCAGAACUUCGGUAUGAGCAGUGUUUGGAUAUAAUAGCUAAAAUGGAGUGUGAAAUUUCUCAUGCCCAAGAAGAUGUUGAAAGACUCAACAGUGAAAUUCUGGCAGGGGCUGCAAAAUUGAAAGAUGUAGAAGAACAGUAUUUUCUGUUAGAGAGAUCAAAUCAGUCUCUGCAGUUGGAGUCAGACUAUCUGGCACAGAAGAUAGCAACAAAGGAUCAAGAACUUUUGGAGAAAGAAGAUGAAUUGGAGAAACUUCAGACUUCACUGCAAAAUGAGCACUCACAGUUUAUUCAAAUUGAAGCUGCUUUGCACACUUUGCAGAAGUUGCACUCUCAAUCUCAAGAGGAGCAAAGAGUUUUGGCACAAGAGCUUCAGAAGAAACUCCAGUUAUUGAAAGACUUCGAGACAGGCAACAAUGACCUGCAGGAAGAUCUCCAACGGGUUAAAGAAGAGAACCAGCAUCUCAAUGAACUGAACAGUUCUUCCAGAAGUUCAAUAAUGAGCUUUCAAAAUGAAAUUUUUAGUUUGAAAGAAGUGAAAGAAAAACUAGAACAAGAUCUUUCCUUGCAAGUGGCCCAAAGUAAUUCCCUGAAGCUAGAGAUCCAACAUUUGAGGGAGGAGAUUGAGUGCUUGAAUAGGAGAUAUCAGGAUUUAAUAGAGCAAUUGUGCUCGGUAGGUCUGGAUCCUGAGUGCCUGAAUUCAGCAGUCAAAGACUUGCAAAAUGAGAACUUGAAGCUAAAAGAAGUCUGCAAAAAUGACAGAGAUGAAAAAGAAGAUCUCUAUGAGAAGUUGAGGGACAUGAAUGUGCUUCUGGAGAGAAAUAUUGCUUUGGAGAGAUCUCUAUCAGAAUUGAAUAGCAAGUUGCAGGGAUCACUAGAGAGGGUUAAAGAAUUGCAGGAGUCCUGCCAGUUUCUUCAAGGAGAAAAAUGUGGUCUUGUUGCUGAAAAAGCCAUUCUGCUGUCUCAGUUACAAACUAUGACUGAGAAUAUGCAAAAGCUCUCGGACAAAGAUGCCAUGCUAGAGGAUUCACUCGCUCGUGCAAAUGUUGAAGUUGAAGGUUUAAGGGCAAAGUCAAAAGGUUUGGAAGAAUUCUGUCAGAUGCUCAAAGAUGAGAAAUCCAACCUUCAAAAUGAAAGAAGCACCCUCAUGAGUCAGCUGGAAAAUGUUGAACAGAGACUGCGAAACCUAGAAAGGAGGUUUAUAAGAUUAGAAGAAAAAUAUACUGAUCUGGAGAAGGAGAAGGAAUCAACACGUUUUGAAGUAAGAGAAUUGCAGAGUUACCUUGGCAUAGAAAAACAAGAGCGUGCAUGUUAUAUACAGUCUAGUGAGUCCCGAUUGGCAGAUCUAGAGAACCAGGUCCUUCUCCUGAAAGAAGAAAGUAAAUUGAGUAAGAAAGAAUUUGAAGAAGAACUAGAUAAGGCUGCCAAUGCUCAGGUUGAGAUCUUCAUCUUGCAGAAGUUUAUACAAGAUUUGGAAGAGAAGAAUUUAUCUCUGUUGAUUGAAUGCAAGAAACAUGUUGAGGCAUCCAAAUUGUCGAAUAAACUGAUAUCAGAGUUGGAGAAUGAGAAUCUUGAGCAGCAGGUGGAAGUAGAAUUCUUAUUGGACGAAAUUGAAAAGCUGAGAAUGGGAGUUCAUCAAGUUUUCAGGGCUGUUCAGUUUGAUCCAGUUAAUAAGCAUGAAGAUGGGAUUGAAGAAGAGAAGAUUCCUUUUCUCCAUAUUUUGGACAACAUUGAGGGCUUAAAAGGUUCCCUCCUGAUAAAUGAGGAUGAGAAGCAACAACUAGUGGUUGAGAACUUGGUGCUCUUAACUUUACUUGGAGAACUAAGAUCAGAGGGUGCUGAACUCGAGUCAGAGAAGAAAAUGUUUAAACAGGAGUUUGACAUGAUGACGGAGCACUGUACUUUCCUGCGAAAGGAUAAGCAUGAACUUCUGGAGAUGAACAGGCAACUGAGAUUGGAAGUAAGUAAACGAGAGCAGCAGCAGGACAUAUUAAAAGCUGAACUGGAAAUUCAACAUGUGAAUCUUGCAAGUUUGCAGGGUUCUUACCUGGCAUUGCGAGAAGAAAACUUCAAGUCACUAGGAGAAAACAGAUCUUUACUUGAGAAAUUUUCAGAUCUGGAAAAGGAAAUGCCUAUACUUGAAGAGGAAAACAGUGAAUCUCUCCAGGAAGUACUAGCUCUCAGUACCAUAUCAUCAGUUUUCAAAAGCUUUGGGACUGAGAAAGUUGAGGAACUUGAAGCACUUUCUGAGGAUCUCAGCAGUCUUCAUGUUCUUAACAACGGCCUCGAAAAGAAGGUUGAGUUGUUGGGGCAGAAGCUGGAAGUAAAAGAAGCAGAAAGUCUACAUCUUAAUGAAACAAUUGAGAAGUUGCAUCAGGAGCUGCAAGAAGGCAGAGACUUAACUGAUCAAUUGAACUGUCAAAUUUUAAUUGGGCAGGAUUUUCUUAGACAGAAAGCUGCUGACCUUUUAGAAGUGGAACAGAAGCUUAAGACUGCACACAACUUGAAUGCUGAAUUGUGCAGAACUGUUGAGGAACUGAAGAGGGAGUGUGAAGAAUCAAAAAUGGCUAGGGAGAAUAUAGAGAAGCAGAUUUUUGAGCUGUCCAAAAAUAGCAUAAGUCAGAAAAAGGAAAUCAAAUGUCUUAAAGAAGCAAAUGAAAAUCUGGAGUCAGAAGUGAGUGCAUUAUGCAAGGAAGUCAAAGAACGAAAGACUAAAGAAGAGAACUUGAGUUUGGAGUUGCAAGAGAGAAGCAAUGAGUUUGAACUCUUUGAGGCUGAGGCAUCAUCAUUCUAUUUUGAUCUUCAAACAUCCUCUGUAUGUGAGGUCUUGCUUGAAAAUAAAGUUCAUGAACUGACUGCAGUUUGUGAGAAUCUUGAAGAUGAAAAUGCCAACAAGGACUUCAAAAUUGAACAGAUGAAAGAAAGAUUCGGCAUCCUGGAAACUGAAAUUGGAGAAAUGAGGGCUCAAUUGUCUGCAUAUGCUCCAGUCAUAGCUUCUCUAAGAGAUAACAUAGAAUCUCUUGAGCAUAAUGCCCUUCUUUGCACAAGGUCUUUUGCAGCUUGCAAUCAAGGACAGACGUGGUGUCAUCAGGGUGUGGAAAAGGCUAUUCAACCACACGAAAUGAGCAAACAAGAACCCAUAUGCGAUGAACCAGUGCCAGAUGGAAUUGCGGAUCUGCUUGAGAUACAAAAUAGAAUUAAAGCAGUUGAGAAGGCAGUGGUCAAAGAAAUGGAAAGGCUUGUAACGCAGGAAAGAGAAAACGCCAAUGUCAAGCUAGAAUCUUCAAUGAAAGGGACUGAACAGUUGGAAUUUAGAGGACAGAAGGAAAAGGUGGAACUUGAAAAUGAGCCCAGUAAAGCUGAAAGUUCUGAAGUGAAGAUUGGGAUUUUGAUGAAAGACAUCCCACUUGAUAAUCAACAGGUUUCAGAUUGUUCAAUGUAUAGAAGUAAGACGAAAAAUUCUGAGGCUGAUAAUCAAAUGCUCAAGCUAUGGGAAUCUGCUGAGCAAGACUCUAACCUUGAUCCAGUGGCUAGUGUCACACAAAAGCAGGUAGCUGCACAGUUGGAGAUUGUCAAUGCACGUCAUCAGUUCAAAGAUGCCAAACAGAAGAAGAAUCGAAAUCCCUCUUUAGAGUUACAGGUCGAGAGGGAAGUGGGCGUUGAUAAACUAGAGGUGUCUACAAGCAUCAAUGAAGAGCCAAAUCAAGAAGGGAACAGAAGAAAGAUAUUAGAGCGACUUGCUUCUCAUGCCCAGAAAUUAAUGUCUCUUCAAACAACUGUGGCAGAUUUGAAGAAGGAACUGGAAAUUAAGAAUAGCAGAAAGAAAGCCAAUGAUGUUGAAUUUGAAAGAGUGAAAAGACAGUUACAAGAAGUUGAGGAGGCUGUUGUGCAGCUGGUUGAUGUUAAUGAUCAAUUGACAAAAGAUAUUGAAGGGAGCCCCUCAUCUUCAGAUGGAAACACUUCAAUAGCAUCAGAAGAGAAGGGCAAUGUCCACAGAAAAAGACUGAUAGAGCAAGCACGGGAAGGAUCUGAGCAAAUUGGACGGCUGCAGUUUGAGGUACAGGGCAUCCGGUACAUUCUGUUGAAACUGGAGGAUGAAAAGAAAAGCAAAGGUAAACACAGGUUUCCUGUAAGUAGAACAGGCAUCUUCUUGAGAGACUUCAUCUACAGUGGUGGCAGGAGAAGUAUUAGAAAGCGGAAGGGUUGUUUCUGUGGUUGUGCAAGACCUUCAACCCUUGAAGAUUGAGGCAACUACUCGAGCAGAAGUUGAAUGGUAUUGUUAGCUAAAGUAUCUUGGAAAUAUUCGUAAUAUUUUAUGAGAAAAUUUCUUGGAAUAGUUAGUUUGAAUGUCCUUUUAGCCUAGCCUAGGAGAACAUUAAGGACUAGCCUGAUCUAGUCAUGAAAGCUGUAUCUGUCAGCAUUUUUAAUCUUCUUAUUUCAGUUAUAUCAACGCAAUAUCUUACAAAUCCA